UGUGAUUAUGUGUUUGAUUAUAUGAAAAUCUGCGUAUUGAAAUUGUAUUGCGGUGCUAAACAAAUAAACACAAAAUGUUGUCCUCGUUUCAUAUCUUUUCUGUGCAAAUAAACCUAUCUUUAGUAAACGUGUACCAUAAAGUGAUACAUCAAAUUUGAACUAUAUUUUGACUGGAUAAAUACCAUCAUUCACGUUGAUGCCAGCUGCGGAGUCUAAACGACCAGUUGACGGAGGAUGGGCCUGGAUUGUACUAGCAGCCUCUACUGUACACUUCUUUAUCUUUGUGGGCUUCGUCAAAAGUUUUGGGAUAUUUUUCGUGGCAUUUUUGAAGAAAUAUGACGCCACUUCUUCUGAUAUAUCUCUUGUGAUCUCCAUCCAGACAAUUAGUAGCACUCUCUCAUCGGUCAUUGUUCUAGGUAUAGGGACAAGAUUCUUUGCUGAACGAACGUUAGUCAUGUUUGGUGCUUUCCUAACGGCGGUGUCGCAAAUUGGCAGUGCGUUUGCUCCCAGUGUUGCUGUUUUGAUGGCAACACAAGGAGUCAUCUUUGGUAUUGGUAUAUCAAUGACACAACUUGCACUUCUCUUGAUUUUGUCCCGAUAUUUUGAGAAAAAACGAGGAUUUGCCAACAGUUUUGCCAACGUUGGAGGUAGUAUAGGAGGACUACUUUGGCCAAUCUUACUAAAAAUCUCGAUGGACUAUCUUGGACUUUUUGGGACAUUGAUAAUUGUCAGUGGAAUGUUCCUACAAGCCAUCGUUUGUGGGGCAUUAGUGAGACCCUUACCGCCAAUGGGCGGUAAAAUUCAAACAUUAGAGGUGGAUGAUGAUGACAGAGGAAGUGCAAGUCAUAAAGACACAAAAGAACAAAAUGUGUAUGAAAAAUCAAACGGCACAUAUACCCUUCCUAAUGGUAAGACUAAUAGUCAGCGGCCUAAUGGCCCAGUGACUGGAAGGAGAAGAACACAGUCGGAAAACAUUAUAGAGACUAACAAAGUUUCUAACCUUCUUCACAGAACAGCUAUAAGUACCCAUGACUUACAAGAGGAUUUUAAAAAGUUGUACUUUUCUCCAUCUCUACAGACUUUAGGAGUGUGGUCUUCAAUUGAAAAGAGAGACUCUUCUUAUAGUCGCCAGUCAAAAGAGAAAACACAGCGGCUUCAAGAAAAAAAUGAUAACCAAUGUUUUAAUUUUGCGUUAUUUAAAAACCCUCUUUUUUACAUCUUUACAGUGAGUUCUAUUCUGAACAUUUCUGCUGCAGGCUUGCCUGUCAAUUAUAUACCCCCAUUUGCACGUGACUGUGGAUUAACAGAUGAAAAAAUUGCUCUUUUAGUCACUAUUUGCGCUGCAUGCGACCUAGUUAAUAGAAUCAUCGUGACAUUCAUUGCUGAGAGCAAAACUUUUAAGCGGCACCAAUUUGUAGCCCUAACAAUGCUUUUGAAUGGACUGUCUUGUAUGUUUGUACGAUUUUACGACGACUUCUUCACUCUGAUUAUAUUUUCCGUGUUGCAUGGUUUGUUUGGACAGACCUAUUUUUCCUUGUUUCCGGCUAUAAUUGUAGACUUUUUAGGAUCAGAAAAUCUUCGCCACGGUCUCACCACUAUUACAGUUACUCUGGGAAUCUCAGUUUCACUUUCUACUGUACUAAUAGGUGAGUUACGGGAUUACACUGGAUCCUAUCUGACUUCUUUCUACUUUAUGGGGGCUACUGCUGUGUUGGGAGGUUUUAUAAUGUUGUUGGAACCUUUGGGACGUAGGAUGAUGAAGACAAAACAGAACGAUGCAGACAGUAAAGAAAUGCAGCCUAUGAUGAAUAAAACUAACCAAAUAGAAUAA